AUGUAAUAUAAAAAGAAUUACCCUAAUAUUUAAUUUGAUCUUUCAAUUGACAAUUUUGGACUGACAGAUGAUGAUAUAUUACUAACAACAAACCUUACUAAAAGGCCUAUAUAUUAAAUCAAAAAUAUUUAAUAAACAGCUAAUUGUAUUACAAAUAUGAUAAAAGAAAAUGAAUUAAAGAAAAGACCCUAAAUAGAUAUUCAUAAAGAAUUAUUUACACCAAGAAAAACAUAUAAUUAUCAUUUCAAAAAUUACGAUUCAUAAUUAUUUCCUUUGAUUAAUACUAAAUAAAAUCAUUUACCUAAUUUUUUAGAGCUAUCUAAACUAAUUAAAUUAACUGAAACUCCUAGAAUCUCACAUAAAAUAAAACUUAGAUCUAGAAGUACUGAUAAACGAUUUAAUUUCCAUAAAAGUAAUUCAAAUAAAAAAUUAUAAACUGAUACUAAAAAUAUUGAAGAAUAAUUCUAAGAAACUAAGAAUUUAAUUAAGAGAUUUAACAGAAUCAAAAGAAAAAAAGUUAGAUUUGAUGUCUCUACUUGA